CUUCAUAGCUAAGAAAAGAAAAGAUGCCCCUCAACCUCAGGACCCCUCUAUAAUAUCUUUCUUUCUACCAGAAACUUGAAAAACAGAUCUAGGGUUUCAAAAUCUCAUCACAAACGAGAGAAAUGGCGUUGGAAUGGGUAGUUCUCGGGUACGCCGCCGGAGCAGAGGCCAUCAUGGUCCUCCUCCUCACCCUCCCUGGCGUCGAUCGCCUACGGAAGGGUCUAAUCGCCGUAACACGCAACCUCCUCAAACCGUUCCUCUCAGUCGUCCCUUUCUGCCUCUUCCUCCUGAUGGACAUCUACUGGAAGUACGAGACCAGACCCUCCUGCGAAUCACCGGAUUCCUGCACCCCAACCGAACACCUGCGCCACCAGAAAUCCAUCAUGAAGUCGCAGCGCAACGCUCUCCUCAUCGCCUGUGCACUCAUCUUCUACUGGCUCCUCUACUCCGUCACCCAUUUGGUUAUUCGGAUCGAGCAGUUGAAUCAGAGGAUCGAGAGGUUGAAGAAUCAUGACUGAUUUUUAUUUCAUGCUUCGAGUUAAAAAGGUGAAUUUUUACCCUCGACUUGAUUCGUGAUGUUUUUUUUUUUUUUUUUUGAGACUUGGUAUUAAAGAUGGUAAAUUUGUAGCUUUUUAGCUUCCUGGUUGUUUCUGGAUGGUAUGGAUAAUUUGGAUCAAUGCAAUGUUUUGGUAUUUGGAUUUGAUGUGUGUUUAAAAAGUCAGGAUUGGUCGAAUGCUUUAAACUAGCUUUGAUUAUAGAUUUUUUUGCUUUUGGGUUCAAAUGAUGAAUGAGACUUUGAGUGGUUCUAGUGUGGAAA